AUGGACUCAGAUGUUCUCAACGAUUUUGGAAUCUCUGAACGUCCUGAUGUAUUUAGUUCAAAAAGUCUUGCUCUUCAAGCCCAGAAAACGAUUUUGAGCAAAAUAGCCAGCAAAACUGUGGCUAACAUGUUGAUUGAUGAUACCAGCAGUGAGAUCCUUGAUGAGCUCUACCAAGUCACAAAGGAGCACACCCAUAGCAAGAUGGAGGCCCAUAAGAUCAUGAAAGACUUAAUCAAAGUAGCAAUCAAAAUCGGGAUCCUCUAUCGGAACAACCAGUUCAGCCAAGAGGAGGUUGUUAUUGUGGAAAAGCUCCGGAAGUUGAAUCAGACUGCCAUGACCAUGGUCAGCUUCCAUGAAGUGGAAUAUUCCUUUGACAGGAAUGUGCUCUCUAAGCUUCUGCUUGAGUGCAAGGACCUGGUACAUGAACUGGUGCAGCGACACUUGACACCCAGGACCCAUGGGCGCAUCAACCAUGCCUUCAACCACUUUGCUGAUGUGGAGUUCCUCACUACCCUCUAUAGUCUAGAUGGAGAAUGUAGGCCUAACAUCAAGAGGAUUUGUGAAGGAAUUAACAAAUUGUUAGAUGAGAAGGUCCUUUGA